AUGGAGAAGAUCCCAAGGGAGCCGCAAAUCAAGCUCGCCCACAUAACAGAGGUAGUUGACGCAAACAUCGCAGGAAGACUAGCGGACAGCAGUAUUUACGUGUACGGGCCUGGGAUAGGAUAUCUGAUAGGAAACAGAGAUAAGAGGGAGUCAGAGUACAACCUGUCAAAUGUAACGGACAGAAUAUUCGAAAGAAAAAGAAGGAUGCAGCAGUACAACUCGUCGAAAAGGAACAAUCCGUGCAACCUCAGAUUCAGCACAAAAACAUGGGCAGACAUACACAAAGCGAUAGGAAGCACGGGGAUGAUCAAGCUGUGCACAAAGUACACGGUGCUAGAGAAGGUAGGCAGCUCUUACAUCAGAUACUUCUCUGAUAAUUUUAGCAUAGAGCCAACGGGCGGCAGAGAAAAGAAAGAAAAAAAGGGAAUAGUAGAGUGGAAAGACCGAAUAGAAAAAAUAGAAGAAACGAAGCACAGUGACAUAUACAGCGAAGAGUUCGCAGAGUAUGCCCAGGAGAUAGAAAAAACGCUUAAAUCGCUGAAAACAGUAAAUACAUGGGGGAUAAUCAGUUCGUUUGUAAAGUCAAAAGAAAAGAAAAACAGUGUACAUAUCGAGCCCACGGGAGUGUGCAAACACGAGAUAAAAAUAGAAACAGUUGUGCGAAUGCUGUCUACGGUCAUAAAGAAAGUGUUUAGGCACGCUGUUACACAGGGAGACAUGCAGCGCAUAAGAAAGAAGAUCGCCUGGUUCCUGCUGAACAAAAAGAAAGGAAUAGACAUGAAGAAGAUACACACAGAGUUUAGAAAGAAACUUAAAAAAAAGGCAAAAAACAGAGACCCUUUGACCUACAAAAAGUACAUAACAGAAACAGUGAGCUACAUCUUUGCCAAGUACAUACCGUAUCUAGUGGACAUCCACAUAGUGGUAAAUGGCACCGGCGCAGAUGAUAUGCGUUUUUUCUUCAAGAAAGGAUACAGACAGCUAGAGAGCGCGUUCAAAGAGGCGUGCAUUAGAACACAUUUUGAAAGAGUUGAAGAGCAGGGAGAAGCUGAGAGAGAAAAAACAGAACACAGUGAAGAGACAGAAACACCGGCAGAAGGCUUUUUCGUUAUGUCGGUUAUACCAAAGAAAAGCACAUUCAGAGCUGUAUAUAAAAAGAUCUACAAUGCGUCGGACAAGUACGUGCAGAUCAUGAAAGAAAGAAUGGGGUGUGCAAUUCUCACACGGGAGGCAGAGGAAAGAGUCGAGUGGGAGAUGGAAAGCGAAGAGGACAAAAAGCCUCCAAGAGCACGGCUCUGCAACUCUAUCUUAAAGACCCAAAGCAUUUCUUCAAAGUUAAUUUCAUUCAAAAAAGAGUUCAAGCAAAACUUCGAAGAUGAAAGGCCUCUCUACAUUUUGCUGCUGGACAUACGCAGCUGCUUUGACAAUAUCUCACUGGAUAUCAUCAACGAAAGCGGCCUGCUGAACAAACUGAUGGGAAAAAGAGAGUACGAGGUGUUCAACUGGGAGGACACCACGGAAGACGGAAAGCGAAGGAGCAGAAGAGUCGUGAUGUACCCCACCGACAGAACAUGGAAGGGAGACAUAGUCCUCAAAAACCUGCCCCCAAGAGUUUUCCGAAAGUUCAAAUCGCAGUGCAAGUUCACCAAUGAAGACGUGCAGAAGAUGAUAAAGCAGGAUGUCAACAGCACCAUGCUAAAGCAUAAGAACAGAUUCUACAGAAGAGUGAAGGGGAUAUACCAGGGCUCUAGAUUCUCAUCGCAGGUGUGUGCAUACUACAUGGCACUGCUAGACGAUAAGAUAUACAAAGACCUGAACCAGACCAGAGCCAUGCGAUACGUGGAUGACUCAAUGAUUCUGUCGUGGAGCCCUGAAGAGCUCGAAAAAGUGCUGGAAAGAAUGGGCAAGAUGGAGUCUCAGUACGGAGUGUCUCUAAACAUCCCAAAGUGCAGGCUUUUUACAACAGCCCCAAAAUCAAAUUGUGCAGUAACUAUAAACGCACUGACAGCAGUAUCAAGAGCCAAGUUCAAAUGGUGCGGAAUACACUUUGAUGCACGGGCUCUUUCUUCAUUCAUACCGCAAACACCUAGAAAGAUGGGCCGAAUCAACCAAAGAAAAGAAAACACACCAUAG